AUGGCCCCCGCACAGCCGGAGAAGCGCCCGCCGGUCGCGGCCGGAGGCGGCGCUGGAGGCAGGCCCGGGGCCCGGCUGAGCGCGCUGCUCGAGCUGCUGCUGCACCGGACCUACGCCGAGCUCCUGGUCUUGGCCGACCUGCUGCCCAGGAAGUCCGACCUGGAGAGGAAAAUCGAGAUCGUGCAGUUCGCCAGCCGCUCGCGCAGGCUCUUCGUUCGAGUCCUCGCACUGGUAAGAUGGGCCGAUCAGCUUGGCCGAGUGGGGAAGUGUGCCAGGAUCUCGAGCUUUCUAGACCAGCAGGCCGCCCUGUUCGUGGACACUGCCGACCGCCUGGCCUCGUUGGCGAGGGAGACCCUGGUCCACGCUCGCUUGCCCAGUUUGGCCGUCCCCUAUGCGAUCGAUGUCCUCACGACUGGGUCUUAUCCACGACUGCCCACCUGCAUUCGGGACAGAAUUAUCCCUCCAGACCCAGUUACCAAACUUGAGAAACAAGCCACACUUCACCAACUCAAUCAGAUCCUUAGACACCGACUGGGAACCGCAGAUCUUCCUCCCCAGCUGGCCAAUCUGACAGUUGCCAAUGGCCGGGUGAAGUUUCGAGUGGAAGGAGAAUUUGAAGCUACCUUGACCGUGAUGGGAGAUGACCCUGCCGUUCCCUGGCGUCUCCUCCAGCUAGAAAUUCUGGUUGAGGACAAGGAAACAGGAGAUGGGCGAGCACUAGUUCAUAGCAUGCAGAUUGACUUUAUCCAUCAGUUGGUACAGUCCAGGCUUUUGGCUGAUGAGAAACCUCUUCGGGACAUGUACAAUUGCCUCCAUUCUUUCUGCUUAGCGCUUCAAUUAGAAGUGUUACAUUCCCAAACCCUGUUGUUAAUCCGACAGCCGUGGGGAGAAUUUGUGCAGAUGGAAAGGUAUCGUGCUGGAAAGUGCCUCACACUCUCAGUUUGGAAUCAGCAAGUUCUUGGAAGAAAAAUGGGACCAUCAUCUGUUCAUAAAGUUACAAUUAAAAUCCAAGAGACUGAUGUUUCCAAGCCUUUACACAUUUUUCAUGAUCCUCCUCUGCUAAGUUCUGAUUCUAAAUUAGUAGAAAGAGCCAUGAACAUUGAUCACUUAUCAGUAGAAAAACUCCUGAUUGACAGCGUCCGUGCAAGAGCCCAUCAGAAACUCCAGGAACUUAAAACCAUCCUCAGAGGCUUCAAUGCCCGUGAGAAUUCUUCCAUACAGACUACACUGCCAGCUCUUAUUGUUCCUAUCUUGGAGCCCUGUGGUAAUUCAGAGUGUCUACACAUUUUUGUCGAUUUGCAUUCUGGAAUGUUCCAGUUGAUGCUUUAUGGACUUGACCAGUCCACACUGGAUGACAUGGAAAAAUCUCUGAACGACGAUAUGAUACGUAUCAUUCCUUGGAUUCAACAACUUAAGUUUUGGCUUGGACAACAGCGCUGCAAACAAUCAAUAAAACAUCUGCCUACAAUAAGCUCUGAAACACUGCAGCUGUCCAAUUAUACAACCCAUCCUAUUGAAAGUCUUUCUAAGAAUAAGCUCUUCAUUAAACUCACCCGUCUUCCACAGUACUACAUUGUGGUGGAAAUGUUAGAAGUUCCUAAUAUACCCACCCAGCUGACAUACAAGUACUACUUCAUGUCUGUAAACACCCCUGAUCAUGAAGAUAGCUCAGUCACUGCACUCCUGUUUCAGCAGUUCAAGGAAAAUACCCAUGACUUUGUUUUCCCUAUAAAAGAUGGGAAAUAUCCCCAAACUGGUACUAAGCGCAAGUUGUCUGAUGAUCUAUGUCCAGUAGAACUCAAAAAAACCAAACAAACAGUAGAAACGUGUGCCUUCAAUAAAGUUCUAGCUCACUUCGUUGCUAUGUGUGAUACGAAUAUGCCAUUUGUAGGACUUGGGUUGGAGUUGUCUCAUUUCGAGAUUCCACAUCAAGGAAUACAAAUGGAAGGUCAUGGCUUCAGCCACGCAAUUCGCUUAUUGAAAAUUCCUGUCUGGAAGGGUGUCAGUGAGGAAACCCAAAAGGCUUUGAACCGCUCUCUGCUCAAUUGCACUUUCCGAUUACAAGGUCAAAAUAACCGCACCUGGGUGGCCGAGUUAGAGUUUGCAAAUUGUCCACUUCAUGGCACUACUACCAGGGAACAAGGAUCUUCCCGGCAUGUUUAUCUGAUGUAUGAAAACAUGCCCUCUGAACCUGUUGGUGGUCGAAAAGUGGUUGAAAUGUUCCUUAAUGACUGGAAUAGCAUUGCACGAUUAUAUGAGUGUGUGCUGGAAUUUGCACAUUCUCUCCCAGACAUACCGGCUCAUCUAAAUAUUUUCUCAGAAGUUCGUAUGUAUAAUUACCAAAAACUUACCUUGUGUUAUGGAACCACCAAGGGAAGCUCAGUUAGUAUCCAGUGGAAUUCUACCCAUCAGAAAUUUCACAUUUCUUUGGGAACUGUUGGUCCAAACUCAGGUUGCAGUAAUUGUCACAAUACUAUUCUCCAUCAGCUUCAAGAAAUGUUCAACAAAACACCAAAUGUGGUUCAGUUGCUACAGGUACUAUUUGAUACUCAGGCUCCAUUAAAUGCCAUCAACAAACUCCCCACUGUGCCGAUGUUGGGCCUAACCCAUAGAACCAACACUGCAUACCAGUGCUUCUCCAUUCUGCCACAGUCAUCCACACACAUCAGAUUGGCCUUUAGGAACAUGUAUUGCAUUGAUAUAUAUUUCCAAAGUCAAGGUGUUGUGGCAAUCCGGGACGGGGCUUAUAGUCUUUUUGAUAAUAGCAAGUUAGUUAAAGGUUUUUAUCCUGCACCAGGACUAAAGACAUUCCUGAGUAUGUUUGUUGACAGCAAUGCUCAAAGAAGAUCUGUCAAUGAAGACAAUCCCCCUUCUCCAGUAGGAGAUAGAAGGGGUUCUUUAAUCUCCCAGCUCCAACCACCCCAGCAAAAGCCGUACCCCAAGCAACCCGCAUCUUCUGGCGCUUAUCCUCUUACUUCGCCUCCUACAUCUUACCCUACUGCAGUUAGCCAAUCUCCCUCUAGGAUGCAUACUCAGUCUUCUGAAAAUCUGCAUGCCGCCAGCUCCCCCAGUGGGGCUUUGAAAACCCCAUCACCAGCGUUAUUUGUUCCAACUCCUCCCCCAUCCUCACAUGGAAUCUCAAUAGGACCAGGGGCCAGUUUGGCUAGUCCACAUGGAACCCUAGACCCUAGUUCACCAUAUACUAUGGUGUCAUCUAGUGGACAAGAAGGGACUUGGCCAGGGUCUCCUCAAGUGUCUGGCCCCUCACCAGCAACACGCAGGCCUGGAAUGUCACCAGCCAACCCUUCACUACACUCUCCAGUUCCAGAUGCUUCUCAUUCCUCCAGAGCUGGAACCAGUUGCCAGAGAAUGCCAACCAACAUGCCUCUGCCUUGUAAACUACCUCAGCGCUCCUGGGCGGCUUCCAUGCCCACCAUCCUCACUCACAGUGCCUUGGACAUUUUACUACUGCCCUCUCCAACCCCAGGUCUUGUGCCAGGUCUGGCCGGUAGUUACCUGUGUUCUCCGCUUGAGAGAUUCCUGGGGUCCAUCAUCAUGAGGCGACACCUUCAAAGAAUUAUUCAGCAGGAAACGCUACAACUGAUAAAUUCUAAUGAACCUGGAGUGAUCAUGUUCAAGACUGAUGCAUUGAAAUGCAGAGUAGCCCUAAGUCCCAAAACCAACCAAACUCUUCAGCUCAAAGUGACCCCUGAAAAUGCUGGGCAGUGGAAAACUGAUGAGCUCCAAGUUUUGGAAAACUUCUUUGAAACAAGAGUUGCAGGACCACCAUUCAAAGCCAAUACAUUAAUAGCCUUCACCAAGCUGCUAAGAGCUCCCACACACAUCCUGAGGGACUGUGUGCAUAUUAUGAAACUAGAGCUGUUCCCUGACCAGACAACACAACUAAAAUGGAAUGUUCAGUUUUGCCUGACAAUCCCUCCCAGCACCCCAUCAAUUGCACCUCCUGGGACAACGGCUGUGGUGCUGAAAUCCAAAAUGCUAUUCUUUCUGCAGCUAACUCAGAAAAUCUUGGUCCCUCCCCAAGAACCUGUUAGUAUUAUAGUUCCAAUCAUUUAUGACAUGGCUUCAGGUACCACCCAGCAGGCAGACAUUCCCAGACAGCAGAACUCUCCUGUUGGUAUUCCUCUGAUGGUCAGCAACAUUCUGAGGAGGUUUGCAGAGAUGAACCCUCCACGACAAGGUGAAUGCACAAUAUUUGCAGCUGUUCGUGAUUUAAUGGCUAAUCUUACACUGUCCCCUGGGGGGCAUCCAUAGACACUAUUGUUUUUAAACCAGGAAGGCUGACAAAUGUGACAACAACAAAUCUGAAUUCAGCCUUUAAUUUUAAAAAGAAAAAGACUUUUUUGACUAAGAAUUAACUAUUCUAAGCUGGCAAAAAAAUUCACGGUGCACUUUUUCCAUCAAAAAUGCCAUCUUUUGUAUAGUGAACUUACAUAG